CGGCAACGCUCUGCUAGGUCGCAGCCCGCGUGACGCUCGGCCGCUGGAACACGGCGCUCUUGGCUUCACUGAGCAGUGGCCCAGGGCCACUUGGGCAGAGUCAUGACUGAUGAGGACUCUGAGACCCCUGUCAGCGAGUUGCAGGGCGGGGAGGAGAACGAGCUGCCUGUUAUCCAGCUGUGUGGGCUGGUGGAAGAGCUCAGCUAUGGAAACUCUGCUCUCAAAACUGAGACAGAGAUGUUUGAGAAAUAUUAUAAUAAACUGGAGCCCGGAGAUCAGCGACAUCCACGAUUAUCAGAAAUUAAAAUAUCAGGAGCAGAAUUUGCACAGUUACGAGGUAGGCGUAGAUCCAAAUCCCGCAUAGGUAUGGACCGUGUGAUAGGCCUCAGUUGCGACCAAAAAUGUGAGCUUGUACAAAAGGAGCUGGAAGACAUGAAGGAUGAAAUAAGGCACAUGAGAGCAAAUGCUGAACGAGACCUGCAGCAUCAUGAGGCUAUCAUUGAGGAAGCCGAAAUUCGAUGGGCUGAAGUUCAGAAAGCAGUGCAUGAGUUUAAAAAAGAUAUUCUAAAAACCAUAAACAAGAAGAAAGGGAGUAUUUUGGCCACUCAGAAAGUGAUGAAGUACAUUGAGGACAUGAACCGCCGGAGGGAUAAUAUGAAGGAUAAAUUACGUUUGAAAAAUGUUUCUCUCAAAGUGCAGAGGAAAAAGAUGCUUUUACAGUUGAGGCAGAAGGAAGAGGUGGGCGAGGCUCUCCAUGAGGUUGAUUUUCAGCAGCUGAAGAUUGAGAAUGCUCAGUUUUUAGAGACCAUCGAAGCAAAGAAUCAAGAACUGAUCCAGCUAAAGCUGGCAUCUGGAAACACCCUGCAGGUCCUCAACACAUACAAAAGCAAGCUACACCAAGCAAUGGAAAUGUCCAUCAAUCUGGACAAGGAGAUCUUGCUGAGAAAUGAAUUACUUGAAAAAAUUGAAAGAGAAACCCUACAAGUAGAGGAGGACCGGGCCAAGGCCGAGGCUGUGAACCAGAAGCUCCGCAAACAGCUGGCCGAGUUCCGCGCGCCGCAGGUGAUGAUGUACGUGCGGGAGAAGGUCUUAAAUGGGGACCUGGAGAAGACCAUCAAGAUGUGGGAAAGGAAAGUGGAGAUUGCAGAGAUGUCCUUAAAAGGCUACCGCAAGGCGUGGAAUAAAAUGAAAACCACCAAUGAGCAGUUGCAGGCAAUUUGCCCCCCUGAGAAAUAGCCAGAGGGAGGCCACGGCUACAGACCAGAGUGAUCCAUUAAAGUAAUCAGCUCCUUUCCAGUCAAGGGGUCCUCUCACUGUUUCCUGUGCUGCUUGGUGUCCCUGACUCUCCGGCCGGGCACUUCCCUGGCCACAUUUGCCCGUGGGGAGUGUUUGCACAGCCUGGCCCCUGGAACCGUUAACACUGAAAGAACCACAGGGCACUCUAAUGGUUUGACACUUGUUAGCCCACAUUUAGUUCACAAGCACAAAAGAAAGUGACCUUCCCGCGUGUGGGAGUGGGACAGAGAAGAGAGAGCCAGCCCAGUAUGCACUGUGGGCCUGUCCGUGGCAGCCCAGGUGUGCCACCUAUAAAAAAAACAGACACCAAAACAGCAUGGUGGCUGCCUGGCACUCAGCAUUCUGAGCUUACUCUUCAGUUGGGAGGGUUAGCUCCUAGACUAGAUAUCAUUGCAAAAGAAAACAAGCACAAAGAAAAACAAGAUAAUUUCUUGGGGCUGAUGUA